GGUUCCUGGUGGGGCUGUGAGUGUCCUCGACCCGCGUCGCGUUACCCACCCCCUCCCUCCCAGGAAGCAGCCGCCCUCUCCCUUCCCAUCCCGGGCGGGGGGAUUUGAAUUGACGCCGGGUCCUGCGGCGGAGGCUGCGCUACUAUAAUUGAUGCAAAAUGAGUGUUCCUGACUACAUGCAGUGUGCUGAGGACCAUCAAACUCUCCUGGUUGUGGUCCAGCCAGUUGGGAUUGUCCCUGAAGAAAACUUUUUUAGGAUCUACAAACGAAUUUCAACCGUGAGUCAGAUUAAUGUCCGUGACUCCCAGCGCGUGCUAUAUAUUCGCUAUAGACAUCACUACCCUCCAGAAAACAAUGAAUGGGGAGAUUUUCAGACUCAUCGGAAAGUUGUGGGGCUCAUAAUCAUAACAGACUGUUCCUCUGCAAAGGAUUGGCCCCAAACUUUUGAAAAAUUCCACCUUCAGAAGGAAAUAUAUGGUCCUACACUCUAUGAUUCCCGAUUGUUUGUCUUUGGGCUUCAAGGAGAGGUUGCAGAGCAGCCCCGCACAGAUGUGGCAUUUUAUCCUAGUUACGAUGAGUGUGAAACUGUGGAGAAGAGAAUAGAAGAUUUUAUUGAAUCUCUCUUCAUUGUACUGGAAUCCAAACGUCUUGACAGGGCCACUGAUAAAUCUGGUGACAAGAUCCCACUUCUGUGUGUCCCUUUUGAAAAAAAGGACUUUGUAGGGCUGGACACUGAUAGUAGACAUUAUAAGAAACGUUGUCAAGGUCGGAUGCGGAAACAUGUUGGUGAUCUGUGUCUACAAGCUGGGAUGUUACAAGAUUCCUUGGUACAUUAUCAUAUGGCUGUGGAACUUCUGCGGUCUGUAAAUGACUUUUUGUGGCUUGGAGCUGCUCUUGAAGGUUUAUGCUCAGCAUCAGUUAUCUAUCACUACCCUGGUGGCACAGGAGGUAAAGCUGGGGCUCGUAGGGCACAAGGUAGUUCUCUUCCCGCUGAGGCAGGCAACAGACACAGACCAGGGGCGCAAGAAGUUCUCAUUGACCCAGGUGCCCUCACUUCAAAUGGUAUAAAUGCAGAUACUAGUGCUGAAAUAGGACGUGCCAAGAACUGCCUUGGCCCUGAAGACAUCAUAGAUAAAUAUAAAGAGGCCAUUUCUUACUACAACAAGUAUAAAAAUGCUGGUGUAAUUGAGUUGGAAGCCUGUGUGAAGGCAGUGAGAGUUCUAGCAAUACAGAAAAAAAGCAUGGAAGCAUCUGAGUUCCUUCAGAAUGCAGUUUAUAUCAACCUUCGUCAGCUUUCUGAAGAAGAAAAAAUCCAGCGUUACAGCAUUCUCUCUGAAUUGUAUGAACGUAUUGGAUUUCACCGAAAGUCUGCGUUCUUCAAGCGUGUAGCAGCAAUGCAGUGUGUGGCACCUAGCAUAUCAGAACCCGGUUGGCGGGCCUGCUACAAACUGCUUUUGGAGACACUUCCUGGUUACAGUCUGUCUUUGGAUCCGAAGGACUUCAGCAAAGGAACUCAUAAAGGAUGGGCUGCAGUGCAAAUGCGUUUGCUUCAUGAGUUAGUGUAUGCUUCAAGAAGAAUGGGAAACCCUGCUCUUUCUGUCCGACACUUGUCCUUCCUUCUCCAAACCAUGUUGGAUUUUCUCUCUGAUCAAGAAAAGAAAGAUGUAACACAAAGCUUAGAAAACUAUACAUCAAAAUGUCCUGGCAUGAUGGAGUUCAUCACACUUCCAGAAGGUUUGAGGUUACCCCCCGUGCCAUUCACCAAGCUGCCUAUUGUAAGAUCUGUGAAACUCUUGAAUCUCCCCAUCAGUCUUCGGCCACAGAAAAUGAAAAGUUUGUUGGGUCAGAACAUGUCAGCCAAAAGUCCCUUCAUAUACUCUCCAAUUAUUGCACACAAUCGUGGAGAAGAGCAAAGUAAGAAAAUAGACUUCCAGUGGGUCCAAGGAGAUGUAUGUGAAGUUCAGCUGAUGGUGUACAAUCCUAUGCCUUUUGAACUCAGAGUAGAAAACAUGGGUCUCCUGACAACUGGAGUAGAAUUUGAAUCUCUCCCUGCAGCUCUUUCUCUACCUGCUGAAUCUGGCCUCUACCCAGUGACCCUUGUUGGUGUUCCUCAGAAUACUGGGCAGAUCACUAUCAAUGGUUAUCAUACUUCAGUCUUUGGAGUCUUCAGUGAUUGUAUUCUGGAUAACCUGCCAGGAUUAAAGACGAAUGGCUGUGCAGUAGAAGUCAUUCCAGCUUUGCCAAGGCUGCAGAUCAGUACCUCUCUACCAAGGUCUGCUCACACAUUGCAGCCUUCCUCAGGGGAUGAAAUUUCCACCAGUGUAUCUGUCCAGCUUUACAAUGGAGAAACGCAGCAACUUGUCAUUAAAUUAGAAAAUAUUGGAACAGAACCUCUGGAGAAACUAGAGGUCACAGCAAAAACAGUCAACUCAAAAGAAAAGCUGUAUGGUGAGUUCCUGAGUUGGAAGCUAGAAGACACUCUCUCCCAGUUUCCACUAAAACCUGGGAAGAUUGCAACAUUUAAUGUAAACAUUAAAGUGAAGCUGGACUUCUCCUGUCAAGAAAACCUUUUGCAAGACCUCAGUGAUGAUGGAAUAAGUAUUAGUGGACUUCCACUUUCCAGUCCUUUUCGACAGAUUGUCAAACCACGAGUAGACAGCAAACCUAUCAAUCCAACUGAAAGCGGCAAAGUUGGGGACUUCAGUCAUGUAAAGACACUGGAAGCCAUUUUGAAUUUCAAAUACUCUGGGGGACCAGGACAUGCUGAUGGCUAUUACAGGAACCUCUCUCUGGGCCUUCAUGUGGAAGUGGAGCCAUCUGUCUUCUUUACGCACGUCAGUACCCUUCCUGCAACAAGCACCCGACAAUGCCAUCUACUCCUUGAUGUCUUCAAUUCAACUGAACAUGAGCUGACUGUUAGUGCUAAAAACAACGAAGAUCUAGUUCUGCAUGCGGGGGAAUGUCAGCGUAUGGCUAUCCAGGUUGACAAGUUUAAUUUCGAGAGUUUCCCAGAUUCCCCUGGUGAAAGGAUACAGUUUGCAAACCCAAAGCAACUGGAAGAAGAGAGACAGCAGGCAAAAGGUCUGGAGAUCAACAGCAAGUUAGAUGUUUGCUGGAAAAUUCCUUCUUUGAAGCGUGAAGGGGAAGCAAGUGUAGAAGGAGUUCUUAAUCAGCUGGUCCUAGAGCAUCUACAGUUGGCUCCUCUCCAAUGGGAUGUCUUGGUGGAUGGAAAGGUCUGUGACUGUGACAUUGUAGUAGACUGCAAAGUCGGGGACCCCAUCGCAUUGGAGGUGAAGCUGACCAACUGGAGCAAACACAGUGUGGGCCCAUUUGCUCUAACGGUGAUCCCAUACCAGGAUUACCAAAAUGGAGUGCACAACUACGAGCUCCAUGAUGCCAUCACCUUUGUUGGAUCCAACACCUUUUAUAUUGAUUCAGUGAAACCAACCAAAAAUUCUGUGUGUUUUGGAGCCCUGCUCUUUCUCUAUACAGGUGAUUUUUACUUGAACAUCAAGUUUCAUGAAGACAACUCCAGCAGGGAGCUUCCUCUUUCUUGGUUCUGCCUGCCCAGUGUUCACAUUUGUGCUACGGAGCCUGUGAUCCAAACUAAACUGUAA